AUGAAUAUUAAAAAUACACAAACAUAUUUAAAACGAAUUCAAAAACACUUCCAUAUGAUUAUUGGAAAAAAUCGUCAGGCAUCUUGUUGUAAAUAUUCAAAUUUCUGUAGAACAGUCCCGGAUCACAUCUUGAAUCUCGGCUUCCCCAGAAUGGCUAAACUAUACCAAGUGGCUGUGUUAGCCAGUAGCACCCUGCUGGCUCACACGGCUAUGUGUCACGGUGACAGCGGCCCCAACACAGUGAUCGCGCCUCAAAUGAAACGAGAGCUCCCCACUCGGAAGAUGAGCAUCGAUUCGCUUCAACGCACAGAGUACGAUGUGUUAAUUAUAGGGGGCGGCGCUGUUGGCGCUGGCUGUGCCCUCGAUGCGGCAACACGAGGCCUCAAAGCGGCACUCGUCGAAGCAGAGGAUUUUGGGAGCGGCACGUCAUCCAAGUCCAGUAAGCUGUUGCACGGUGGAAUCAGGGAUCUGGACCAUGCUAUUAAGCACCUUGACUUAGCAGCUUUCCGGCGCGUGCGCAGCGCUUUAAAAGAACGCCACAACAUUGCCAGCAUGGCGCCUCAUCUGAAUCAGCCCGUUCCUAUUAUGAUACCUGUGCAUCAUUGGUGGCAAGCUCCCAUUUAUUGGUUGAAAUUGCAUCUUUACCAUCUGCUUGCACCACGUGGCGGUAAGGGGUUCUAUUUCAUUAACGCAGACGCAUCACAGGACAUUUUUCCUAUGAUACGAAGAAGUGACCUGGUCGGAAGUUUCAUUCUCCACGAGGGUCAGCACGACGACGCGCGCAUGUGCCUGUCUGUGGCAUUGACGGCCGCACGAUAUGGCGCCGACAUAUGUAACCACAUGAAGGUGGUCGAAUUGCUACGAAACAAGAAAAACGCAAUUGUGGGCGCCAAGGUCGUUGACCAAAUGACUGGUCGAGUGUACAAAGUUCGCUCCAAGAUUGUAAUCAAUGCAACCGGACCAUUCAGUGAUAGCGUGCGUAGAAUGGAAGAUCCUACUGUACAGCCAAUGUGUAUGCCCAGCUGGUGCUCUCAUAUUGUCUUACCCGGUUUUUAUUGCCCUGAAGAGGUGGGCAUAUUCGAUCCUAACACAAAAGAUGGCCGCACCAUAUUUUUUUUGCCUUGGCAGGGUCACACGCUCAUGGGCACUACAGACGCCCCAUCAGAUGUAUCCACUGUAGCCCGUCCAACUGAAAACGAAGUGCAGUUUCUAUUGGAGGACAUUAAAAAUUAUGUCAGUCCACACUUCGAUGUGCGACGAUGCGAUGUACUGGCGGCCUGGGGGGGCUUCAAACCCUUGCCUGUCAACAGUGGAACCUUGAAACGGACACCAUUGCAAAGUCAUAUUAUUAAUUUGAGUGCCGGCAACAUGAUAAGUAUUGUGGGAGGCACUUGGACAUCUUUCAGACUAGUUGCGGAGCGCGCAGUUAAUGCAGCUAUAAAAUAUGGCAAGUUAGAACCUAUGCGUUUAUACACAAUAACUCAGUAUUGUAAACUUGAUGGAGCUACGGGAUGGUCGCCUAACAUGUUCAUACGACUCGUUCAGGAUUUUGGAAUAGAAAAAGAAGUGGCGAAACAUUUGUCGGAUACUUAUGGCUCAAAUGCGUUCAAAAUCGCAGAACGUGCUAAUGCAACAGGCAAGUCGUGGCCCAUUGUCGGCAAAAGAUUGCACUCAGAAUUCCCAUAUAUCGAGGCAGAGGUGCGACAGGGCGUAAAAGAUUAUGCUGUCACGCUGGAGGAUAUGAUGGCGCGACGUUUGCGCGUUGCCUUCCUCAAUGUGCAAGUGGCAGAACAGCUACUGCCCCAAAUAGCGAACAUAAUGGCCGAAGAACUGAAAUGGUCGAAAGAAUAUAAAAACAAACAGAUCAGAGAAGCGAAAAAGUUUCUUGUAACACAAAUGGGAAAGGUAAUGCCUGAUCCGACUUUUGUCAGCAUACCCGUAAAGAUGUCGGUGCGACAAGUGCAAAAAUAUGCCAGGCAUUUCAGGAACAUGGACGAAGAUAGUACCGGCUAUGUGUCCAUAAGCAAAUGCUGCAAAGCUAUGAAAGAUAUGGGCGUAAAAGAGGUACCCGUGGACCUAAUGCAUAACGUACUGCGCGACAUCGACUCUCACUCGCAGGGCAAAGUCAACCUGUAUGAGUUCCUCCUCCUAAUGUCAGCUGUCGUCCAAGGGGACACGGCGUAUUUGAGAUAUGCCAAGAUGCAUAUGGACAAAAAGGUGGCCGCAAUCACUGAAACGAGACGUCGAGUCAUUCCUGUGGAGCAAACUGGAGGUGGUUUGUGAUAGGAAAAGCCAAAAUUUUUCCAUUCAAAAUUAACAGCUCUGAAAUAAAUGAUAUGUAUAGUCUUUGCAA